AUGCUUGUUUUCUUCUUUCACUCACGACCAAGCACCGCCGUUGUUCAUAUCAUGGCGUUGCGGCUCAUCUUGGAUACUCUUCCUAAACAAGUAUCGAGACGAUGGUGUAACGCUGCAAUCAUACGAACAUAUUCUAACGAAAAGCCAUUCAAAUCACUCCUAGCCGAUCAUCGCUAUUUCUCUGUUGCACAAGAAGAUCCAUCAAAGGGUAAAGAGGAUGCACUCAAAAAGGCAAAAUCCGAAUCUUCUCCGACAAGCACGUCAAAGUCUGUGGAAGAAGUCAAGCCUGAGCCAAGCAAAGAUCAGCAGGAGGCUGAGAGGCUCUCAGCUAUUGAAGAAUUGCGGUUGCUGAAGGAAGCUUUAGCAGAAGAAAGCAAGAGUGGUUCUGGCUCUGAAGGACCCAAGGGAGCUAGCGACGAACAUACAUUCGACGAGGAUGCCGAAAAGGAGAAGCGUCGUAAACGUCUAGAGCGCAACACUCGAAUAGGCGGAAUCAUAUUAUUUGGAAGCAGCGUUGCUGGCCUUGUUGCGUUCUGCUUAUACUAUGGUCGCAGUAAACGGGACCAGGCAGGAAAUGUCAUUCCAGACGAGUUUACCGGCUCAUUUUUCGCACCUUUCUACCGCAUUGCUCAUAGCUUUAGGUUAUGGAGAGAUUUUGUGGUUGAGCCAGCUAGGGAACAGCUUCUUCCUGACCCUCUUCCCCAUCCUUACAUUCAACCAAGGUAUACUCUGGUAAUUGAGAUGAAGAAUGUUCUGGUACAUCCUGACUGGACCUACAAAACAGGCUAUAGAUUUGCAAAGCGACCAGCUCUUGAGUAUUUCCUUGAUGUUGUUGGUUAUCCGAACUUUGAGGUUGUAAUCUACACGAGUGAAGCUAUGAUGACUGCUCAUCCGGUGGUCGACAGUUUUGAUCCUAAACAACGAAUUAUGUAUAGAUUGUAUAGGGACUGCACCAAAUAUAUGCAUGGACAACAUGUGAAGGACCUGUCAAAGCUGAACCGUGAUCUCUCAAAGGUAAUUUUCAUUGAAGUGGAUCCAAAAGCGGCUCAGCUCAACCCUGAAAACGUGCUCCUUGUCCCAGAGUGGAAGGGUAAUAUGGAUGAUACCUCACUAGUGGAUCUCGCAGAGUUGCUCAAAACUAUUCACUUAUCCGAUGUAGAAGAUGUACGGCCAACACUGCAAUAUUAUUCCCAGUUCCCAGAUCCGGCCAAAGAAUUUCGGCGGAGGGCUAUCUAUUUGGCAGAGCAGGAGGAACAAAAGAAACAUCAGAUGGAAGAAAGCAGCCAUUCUUUGCUCAAAAAGUAUUCUGGGCGACUUUUUGGCUACAGGCGACAUGCUCCUACCGGAAAUGAAGGUCACCGAAAGUUGCGCGCAUGUUUUGCAUACUUUCGAUACGAGUUUGUGCAGCGGCAUCUCCGUCAUGGUCACUCGAGACAUUUUCGUGAGGAAAAGAAAAGUUUGCACUCAGCAGCGGUCGCAUCCGGCGCGUUCAAUCUACUCCCGUCGGUGGUAACAAGAAUAUUUGUUCGCCGGCGCAUGGAUUAUCGCCUCUGA